AUGACGGAGGCAGAUGGUAGAAGGACAGUGAUGCUGGGAGGCUCGUCGCGCUCGUCUCCCUCUUCCUCUCCACGCGAGGCUUCCCGUUCAUUCAUCCACCUUUUCCGCUGCUGUCGGCUCCUCUCAUGCCGCCGUCGGGGCGCUGGAUACGGGGCGCUUUGUGAUCGACCGGUCGGCAGCUCGCUGGUGAACAUGGCGUGCAUUGGGGACGCGGACCCGUUCACCGCUGCCAUACCUGCCACCAAAGUUGAACUCACGGUGUCUUGUAGAAAUCUCCUGGACAGAGACACAUUCUCCAAGUCUGAUCCAAUUUGUGUGCUGUACACUCAAGGAAUAGCCAACAGGGAAUGGAGAGAGUUUGGCAGGACAGAAGUCAUAGACAACACCCUCAACCCUGACUUUGUUCGCAAAUUCAUCCUGGACUACUUCUUCGAAGAGCGGCAGAAUCUACGCUUUGACCUGUACGAUUUAGACUGCAAGAGUGAUAACCUUUCCAAACAUGACUUCCUGGGCCAGGCUUUCUGUACUCUGGGUGAAAUUGUCGGUUCCCUGGGAAGCCGCUUGGAAAAACCUUUGAUUGGGAUCCCAGGGAAAAAAUGUGGCACCAUCAUAGUGAGAGCAGAAGAGCUGAGCAACUGCAGGGAGUCGGUGAUGCUGCAGUUUUGUGGCAACAAGCUAGACAAGAAAGACUUUUUUGGGAAAUCUGAUCCUUUCCUUGUCUUCUACCGCAGCAACGAAGACGGAUCGUAUACCAUCUGCCACAAAACAGAGGUGGUGAAGAACACUCUGGAUCCAGUGUGGCAGGCUUUUAAAAUACCUGUCAGGGCGCUGUGUAACGGAGACUAUGACAGGAGCAUUAAGGUGGAGGUGUAUGACUGGGACAGAGAUGGAGGCCACGACUUUAUCGGCGAGUUCAGCACCAGCUACAGAGAAAUGUCCAGAAGCCAGUCACAGUUCCACAUCUAUGAGGUGCUUAAUCCAAAGAAAAAAGGAAAGAAGAAGAAAAAGUAUCAAAACUCAGGAACGGUCACACUCCUGUCCUGCCUGGUGGACACUGAACUCUCCUUCCUGGACUACAUCAGAGGCGGGACUCAGAUUAAUUUCACAGUGGCAAUUGAUUUCACAGCAUCAAAUGGCAACCCGUCCCAGCCCACCUCGCUCCAUUACAUGAGCCCGUACCAGCUGAACAACUACGCCAUGGCGCUGCGGGCGGUCGGAGAGAUCAUUCAAGACUACGACAGUGACAAGCUGUUUCCUGCACUGGGCUUUGGUGCCAAGCUUCCACCAGACGGACGGGUCUCACAUGAGUUUGCCCUGAAUGGUAAUCCACAGAACCCCUACUGCAAUGGUAUCGAGGGGGUAAUGGAGGCCUAUUACCAGAGUCUCAAAUCUGUGCGACUCUACGGACCCACCCACUUCUCCCCUGUUAUUAACCAUGUGGCCAGGUAUGCAUCCGCAGUGAUGGACGGCUCACAGUACUUCAUCCUGCUCAUCAUCUCGGAUGGUGUGAUCACGGACAUGGCACAGACCAAGGAGUCUAUAGUCAAUGCCGCAUCUCUGCCCAUGUCAAUUAUAAUAGUCGGGGUUGGGCCAGCAGAAUUUGAUGAAAUGAUCGAGCUGGACGGAGAUGAGGAGAGGAUCUCUUCCCAAGGACGAUAUGCAGAGAGGGACAUUGUUCAGUUUGUUCCUUUCAGAGACUACAUUGACCGGCGAGGAAACCACAUCCUCAGUAUGGCUCGGCUGGCUAAAGAGGUGCUCGCUGAAAUCCCCGACCAGUUCCUGUCCUACAUGAGGACCAGAGGCAUCAAACCCGGGCCCUUGCCACCUCCUUACACCCCCGGUCCGCCACCAGCUAUCCACCCCCUUCUCACCAGACGGGUAAGCCGAAUUUAA